CAAAACUCUAAAGUCAAGGUCAACAACAAAGGUCUUCGCUCUCUCUCUAUCUCUAUCUCUAUCUCUAUCUCUUCUCUCUAUUUCCUUUCACACACACUUCGUGGCUAAUAUAUUCCAACCAGAGCAACACCUUAAAAGCAUCCCCUCUCGAACACAUACUUCUCUCCUAGUACCAAACCAAGAAACCUAAAAUGAAGAGCUUAGCCAUCCAAAUCCUAACAGGAAGAUGGUUUAUGUUCUUCGCAAGUCUCUUAAUCAUGUCGAUGGCUGGAGCCACUUACAUGUUCGGUCUCUACUCAAGUGAGAUCAAGACGACCUUAGGCUACGACCAAACCACUCUUAACCUCCUCAGUUUCUUCAAAGAUCUUGGAGCCAACGUCGGUGUCAUCGCGGGUCUACUCAACGAGGUGACUCCUCCUUGGUUCACUCUCAUAAUCGGAGCUAUACUUAACUUCUUCGGUUAUUUCAUGAUUUGGCUUGCCGUUACGAAACGGAUCUCGAAGCCUAAAGUUUGGCACAUGUGUCUCUACAUCUGCGUUGGAGCUAACUCACAGUCUUUCGCUAAUACGGGAUCCAUCGUCACGUGUGUCAAGAACUUCCCGGAGUCACGUGGUGUUGUCUUGGGGAUUCUCAAGGGUUAUGUUGGUCUUAGUGGUGCUAUUAUUACACAGCUCUACCAUGCCUUUUAUGGUGACGACACCAAAUCUCUAAUCUUGAUGAUUGGUUGGUUACCUGCAGUAAUCUCAUUUGCUUUCUUGAGGACGGUAAGGAUUAUGAAAGUGGAGAGACAGACCAAUGAGCUAAAGGUGUUUUAUAACUUCCUCUACGUAUCGUUCGUGUUAGCGACGUUUCUCAUGGCGGUCAUCAUUGCUGACAAACUCUCCGGCUUUACAAGAACUCAGUUCGGAGGUAGCGCCGCCGUGGUGAUCGUCUUGCUACUUUUGCCGAUCAUAGUAGUCGUCUUUGAAGAAAAGAAGCUCUGGAAAGAUAAACAAGUCGCCUUAAACGAUCCAGCACCAAUCAAUAUCGUCACGGAGAAAGCAAGCUUAGAUUCAUUAGAGGUUAAAGAUGAUAAUCAAAGGUCAAAGAAAGCUAAAACGGCGUCGUGUUGGACGACGAUAUUUAGUCCACCGGAGAGAGGAGAUGACUAUACGAUCUUGCAAGCGUUGUUUAGCCUCGACAUGUUUAUAUUAUUCUUAGCGACCAUAUGUGGUGCGGGAGGGACGUUGACGGCGAUAGACAACUUGGGUCAAAUAGGUGGCUCAUUAGGUUAUCCAAAGAGGAGUGUGAGCACGUUUGUGUCACUAGUUAGCAUAUGGAACUACUUUGGUCGUGUGACUUCAGGUGUGGUCUCGGAGAUUUUCUUGAUUAAAUACAAGUUUCCAAGACCUAUAAUGCUCACAAUGAUCCUCCUCUUCUCAUGCACCGGUCACCUCCUAAUCGCUUUUAACGUACCUGGUGGACUCUACGUUGCAUCGGUCAUCAUAGGGUUUUGUUUUGGUGCGCAAUGGCCGCUUCUGUUCGCUAUCAUCUCUGAGGUUUUCGGGCUUAAGUACUACUCUACGUUGAUUAACUUUGGAUCGGUCGCAAGCCCUAUCGGGGCUUACUUGCUAAACGUCCGGAUCGCGGGGUAUUUGUACGAUAAGGAGGCUGAGAAGCAACAUAAAGCAUUAGGGAUAGAGAGACAUGAGGGGCAAGAUCUGAACUGCAUGGGAACGGCUUGUUUUAAGUUGUCGUUUAUUAUAAUUACUGUGGUAACUUUGUUUGGUGUGUUGGUCUCGAUGGUUUUGGUGGUCCGGACCAAGAAGUUUUACAAGAGUGAUAUCUACAAAAGGUUUAGAGAAAAAGCGUUGGCGGCUGAGAUGGAGAUGGCAGGGCAUGCUCCGGUCAAAUCGACGGUGGUAGAGAAUGAUAAUGUUAGUGGUAAAGUAGUUGGCAAAGGAGGGUAAAGUUGCUUAGUAGAUGAUGUAAAAUAUACUAAACAAGAAGUAUUUUGUAAACAUGUUAUAUGUUCCAUGUCCUUGGUCCAUCACACGUUCACACCUUUCUUCUAGAGCUACUACACUUUAUUUGAUGUUUUCGUCGUUUUGUACCUUUGGAGUGUUGGAAAGUAGUGAAAGUUAAGAGUUUGGAGAUAGGUAAGAGUCAUCAUGAGUCAACAAGUGAAUUGGACUUGUGGUU